AUGUUCCGCCGACAGUCAAUUAAGCAACCCAAACCUGAGCCCUGUCAACUUGAAGUUGCUUCCCAAACCAACGAUGGCGAACCUACUACCUAUCCUGAAGGGGGGUGGGCUGCUUGGAGUGUUGUCCUCGGCAGCUGGAUGGCAUGCUUUGGUACAAUGGGACUGAUGAAUAGUUUAGGUAUAUUCCAGGCAUAUUUGGAGGAUAACGAACUCAAGCACCUUUCAUCCAGCAAAAUUGCCUGGAUUUUUGGUAUCUACUCUUUUCUUGCUUUUUUCUGUGGUAUUCAGGUCGGACCUAUAUUUGACGCGAAGGGACCACGAGUGCUGAUAAUUUGCGGUGCUAUUGGAACCGUCCUUUUUCUUGUUCUUCUAGGCUUUUGUACAAUGUAUUGGCAUUUUCUAUUGGUCUUCGGCAUUAUCGGAGGGGUCAGUUUGUCUCUCACUUUCAAUCCUGCAAUUUCCAUCAUCGCGCACUAUUUCAAUCGUCGAAGAGGCUUAGCAACUGGAAUAGCCUCCUCUGGUGCGUCAUUUGGGGGUCUCAUUUUCCCUCUACUCUUCCAGAGGGUGGCUUCUAAAUUGGGUUUUGCAUGGGCCACUCGUGUAAUCGCACUGCUCAAUCUUGUCACUUUCGGGAUUGCAAUUCUACUUAUCCGACCAAGAUUCAAACCAAAGGCCAGUACAUUUGGGGCAAUUUUUCCUGAUAUAUCCAUUUUUGGAAAUGUUAGUCUUAUGCUGGCAAGCAUGGGAAUGUUCUUCAUGGAGUGGGGUCUGUUCGUUCCAAUCACAUAUCUGACUUCCUAUGCCUUGUCCCAAGGAAUGUCACCCCAAUUUUCCUUCCUACUGUUGUCUUUGAUCAAUGUCGGUGCUAUAUUUGGCCGAUGGAUACCCGGUUACUGCGCUGACCGCAUUGGCCGGUUCAACACGUUCAUAAUCACUAUCUUUGGCUGUCUCCUAUUCACUGCUUGUUUAUGGAUGCCUGCCAAGUCGAGCAAACCUAUUACGACAGUCUUUGCUUUGCUCUUCGGGUUUUUCAGUGGAAGUAACGUCAGCUUGGCGCCAGUUUGUAUUGGUCAGUUGUGCAAAUUGGAAGCCUAUGGUCGAUAUUAUGCGACCGCAUAUGCUAUUGUCAGUAUUAGGUAUGAUAAAACCUUUGACACUAAGAUUACCUCAUAUCAUAACUUCCUGAUUUAUGCUAACACUUCUUCUAGUACUCUAACCGGAAUACCGAUUGCUGGAGAAAUUCUGACGAGAUGCAAUGGCGAGUAUUGGGGCUUGAUUUUGUUCACCAUCCUUAGCUAUGCAGCCAGUCUCGUCUGUUUGCUCGCUGCAAAGCUCUACAAUUGUGGCUGGACCGGGUAUAAAGAAAAAUUCUAG